UACUAUAAGAUAAAAAAUUAAAGAUGUCUAGGUAUGGCAAAGAUAACUUUUAUUAAAAAAACAAGUGGCUCAAAAUGUUUAUUAUUUAAAAUAUAUAAAAAUAUUGAUUUGAAAAAUUUCUCUUUCUUUUUUGACGUCUCUACUCUUACAGAGAUCUUUGAUAUCUUUGAGAUUAUCUUCCUAAAUCUUCGUUCAAUCAUAAAUCAAGUUUUAUCCCAUCAAUCAAAAAUUUUCUUACUUUCUCUAUAUAUCUACUAUCCAGAUCUAUUAUCUGAAGCAUGAUACAAAUUUUCAAAUAAUGUUGUUUAUCAAGUUCUAACUUCCUCCUAUCUAUAUUAGCCGCAUCAAAUACUUGAACAAUAUAUAGAUAUGUUUUGUGUUAUGGAUGUAUUGAGUAUUUUAAAUUUUCUAAUCUACAUAUCUAUAAUCAUUAAACAUAACGCCAACAAAGCCAAGUUCAACUUAUAUAUGUUUGAGAGCAGUACCAACAGUAUACACUUCUAUAUUACCAGAUAUUACAUUUCGUCAAAAGAAAACAGUUUUGUUAGCAGUUAAUUUCCGGCAUCGAGCGUUUAAUAAAAUGGCGGUGAAAACAAACUAAUGUUUUGUUGAAUGUAUACAAUAAUUUCAUUGAUACGGAAAAUUUAAUUAAUUUAUUUGUAAUAUUAUAUAUCAUACAUUAAUAACAAUAAAGAAAUUGUGUCGAAUAUUCUCAGUAUAUCGUAAAACAGCAAAACAGAAUUUUUCAUUAACUAAAUUGAUUUAAUUUUCGAAUUUUGUAUAUUUAUAACUUAUAAAUUCUUAGUAACUUAUUAUUUAUACAAUAUUUGCAAUAUUUAUACAAUGACUGCAAAAAUAUAUCAACCAGAUCAAGAAUUAGAGACGAAGGUUAAAAAAGCAACUGAACGCAUAUCUGAAAACAUGCAUAUAGUUGCAAAUGAGCCAUCGCUUGCAUUUUAUAGACUUCAGGAACAUGUAAGAAAGGCAUUGCCUCCUAUGGUGGAUAAACGAGUAGAAGUGCUUACACUUCAACAGCAACUUUUAGGCAGGUGUUAUGAUGUAGAGUAUGCUGUAAGCGCUAUUAAGACAAUGCAUGGUGCUGGGAAGAGUUUUGAGAACACUUUAGAAUUUAUCAAGAAUGCUAUAUUUUUCAAACAACAAUUAAAGUAUGAAGAACAGCGUAGGCACAAAAAAGAUGGAAAUAGAGAUUCUGUAUACAAAAGACUAUCUGCACACAUUCCUACCUUAGAUCAUUUACCGGAUGAAAUAUCUGAUGUUGUAAGAGAAACUGCUAACAGGGUAGAGUCUAUGAUGAAUCAUGCCAGAUAUUCUACCGAGGUUCAGAAAACAAAUUGAACUUCACAACUGACAAUUUAAUGUAUUAAAAUAUAAUAAUGUCAAGAGAUAUAAAUGUGGAUAUUGUAAAUAAUAAUUGAUUUUAACUAUAGAUGAAUAACUUGUUUAUAGUUAAAAGGUUAUGUAAAAAAAUGUAUAAUGAAAGUGAAAUAAAUUAUUGUUCUUAUGUUCUGAGAAGCUUAA